CUUUAAACGUCACGAAGGGGUGCAAAGACACAAAUUGUAUGCAAGGAAGGCGCGUACUCGGCAAUAUGAGAUUCAGGAAUACGGGGAUUGAGGCGACCAGGCGAGAACUGCAAACAGUGGCAUGGACCCCAGUUUGAAUAAUGAGGAACAUUUUGAGGAACCCAUAGAAAGGGGGUUGCAAAGGGGAUCUACGUGUCUUUAAUACGACAUAUCUAAGCUGCUGCAUCAACACAGAGACAACAUAUUCGUAGAGGGAUGAAUCUCCUUCCAUUCUGUGGAGGCCCCCCAUUUGUGUCCGAUGGAUUUCCCCGUGAACAUUGCAUUGCUUGGCACCAGCAACUCCACCGCUCCAGACAACACCUCUGGCACGGGUUUAACGCUGGAAAUAGUCACCAUAGCACCGGUGUUAUACAGCUUUUUUACGAAGGCCAGUCAUGGAAACCUUACGGGCGGAGGCGACGAAAACCAACAACACAUACCCGUGCAGAGCGCGGAGGGAAACUCGGUCCUCCAGGGCAUCACGGUGGCAGCUCAAGCCUUGUUGCUCCUGGUUAUCUUCCUCCUCUCUAGUUUAGGGAAUUCUGCGGUGGUGAUUGUCAUAAUAAAACAUCGACAGCUGAGAACCGUUACCAAUGCUUUCAUCAUGUCCCUUUCACUGUCUGAUUUCUUGACGGCCGUUCUUUGUUUACCGUUCUCGUUCAUGAUGCUCUUCAGCAAAGAUGGUGUGUGGAUGUUUGGAGACCGUUUCUGCGUCGCCAACGGGUUCUUCAACGCAUGCUUUGGUAUUAUUUCCACACUGACAAUGACUCUAAUUUCCUUUGACCGGUAUUAUGCCAUCGUGAGGCAACCUCAGGAGAAAAUAGGCAGGAGGAAGGCCAUAACACUGUUGGUGGCAGUGUGGUUAACAGCAGUGUUUUUCUCCAUUCCAUGGUACCUGGUGAUGCGAACAUCCAAGGAUCUAGUCGUCCAUAAAAGGGGCUUCUACCACUGUAUGUAUGUCUUUCACACUGGUACUUCUAGGGUGGGCACCUCUUACAGUAUAGCUUUAAUAGUGGUGUGUUAUCUCCUUCCGUUUGCGCUCAUGUGUUUCUGUCAUUAUAACAUAUGUAAGACGGUUAGGUUAUCAGAAAUAAGGGUGCGGCCGGUGACCACUUACGCGUAUUUACUCCGGUUUUAUAGUGAGAUGAGGACGGCCACGACAGUGCUGAUUAUGAUAGUGUUUAUCAUCUUCUGCUGGGGCCCCUACUGUAUGAUGGGUAUCAUCACUGCCGUGGGAGAUUACUCAUUCAACCCUGUCAUGGACACCGUGGCAAUGUGGAUGGCAUGGGCAAACGGUGCCAUAAACCCGCUCAUUUACGCAAUUAGAAACCCAAACAUAUCGAUGCUUUUAGGCCGAAGCCGAGAAGAGGGAUAUAGGACUAGAAACAUUUCUGCCUACCUAUCUACACAAACCCAAAGCAGGGAUGUAAGAACCAGGGCCGAUCAAAUCAGAGACCGGUACGGUGCAAACAACCGGCUGUCUUCCUCCAGCCCAGCGAACGGAGGAGAGGUUGCGAUGUGGGCUUGUAAAAACCCCGCGGUGUUCUUCUGUAGGGAUGCUCAGCCCGAUACUCUGUCCGAACCCACGGUGUCAAAAGUUGAAACUGCAGAUACAAGUCUGUGAUCAUCCUUUUAUUUUCGAGAAACUUGAUGAAUGUCAAAAUGUUGAAGUAAUUUAAAUAUGCCAAAGUUUUGAACAAAUGGAGAAAUCAGAGGAAAAGUAGACCUAACUGUUAAUUAGUGAUAAGGGAUAUAAAAGUCAGUCCUAUGAAUUGACAACCCGCGUUUGAACACUUUAUGCAGUGCCAAGCGCUCUACACACUGAUGGAACAGAGUGCACAUUUAAAAGCCCAAUUUAUUUUCAGGCCAAUAAAGCAGUGUGAUUUAUAAAAUACUCAAAAUGAUUAAACAUCUCAUUUGAUUAUAUGUAUUACUUUAUGCCUUAUCAGAUACUUUACCACUGGGCGCAGACGUCAGUUCAACGUCUAGUUUUGAUUUACAUGUGGUUGCGUUGUCAAGUAAUGUGAAUUCAACAAGAGCCAGACUUUCGAUUCCACUUUGAUUUGAGGCAUAGUUUAUUGCUAUAGUAUUAAACUGUCAAAAGUGGCACCCCAAACCACUAAAUCCCAUUGAACUAACCCAAAGGAAAAACUGGAUAAUGGCGAUAGCUGUUUAAUUCAGGCUGAUUUCCUUUUUGAUUUGGGAUAGUGCAUUUGUCCUCAUUUAUACUGUAUUCAGGGUAGAGGUUUAAUAUGAAAUACUGUGAAGAAUUCAGUAAUUUACAUAAAGUGUGCGCGCGCUAUGAUUUGAUAUUCAAGAUGUCAUGUAUGGCUGGCCAUAGCGAUUUGCUAGAACAUGAAACAAUGCUAUGAAAACAAAAUUUAAAUGUGCCUGUAUUAAAAAAGGUGUAUUUUGAAUACCAUACUCAUUAGUUUGUCCAUUUAAAAUGUAAUAAUUGUAUUGCUUGCCAUAAGAAGCUGCCAGUUCUCAGAAUUUGAUUUUAUUGGUGAGUUGUUAAAUCAUAUUUUAACUUCAAAUGUAUCAAAUAAAUGUUUUGAAGCAUCA